AUGCGCAUGCGCUGAGCUGACUUACGUGUGUUUCUAAGAUGGAGGUGUAUGUGAACUUCGCGAGGCUCCGCAGUUCGUCGGUGUUUCCAGACGGUUCUGUGGUCAAAGAUGUUCUCACCCGGUUCGUCCAGCUGCAGGGCGUGUCCUAUGAGGACUUCUACGUCAUCAGAAAUGGUCGAAGGUCAGAUCUGGAGGAUCCUGUGCAGCAUGGAGCUGUCUAUCACCUGCAGCCCCGUCUCUGUGGAGGGAAGGGAGGGUUUGGCUCCAUGCUGCGAGCUCUCGGUGCUCAGAUCGAGAAGACGACAAACCGUGAAGCGUGCAGAGACCUGAGUGGACGCCGCCUCCGAGACGUCAACCACGAGAAAGAGAUGGCAGACUGGCUGAAGAAGCAGGCGGAGCGUGAGGCAGAGAAGGAGCAGCGGCGCGUCGAGCGUCUGCAGAGGAAACUGUCUGAACCCAAACAUCAGUUCACUGACCCUCAGUAUCAACGUCAGUGUCACGACCUUUCAGAGAGACUGGAGGAGUCUGUGCUCAAAGGUCUGCAGGCGUCCUCUAGUGGACAGGUGAAGGUGGACGAGGCGAGUGCAGCAAAGAGACCAAACCAGGUUCAGAGCGGUCCACAGGUGAAGAAGAAGAAGACAGAGGCGGCGGCCGUUUUCUGGGCGGGUCUGGACGAGCUGAGCUCAGAGGACGACGAUGACGAGUCCCCGUCAACGUCCUCUCGCUGUGACCUGGUUACCAUGGAGACUCAGAUGGAGGAGGUGGAGCCUGACCAGAGCAGCAGGUCAUCUCCUGCAGAGUCCACAUCCUCUGUGGACCAGGAGCAGAACCCUGCAGAGUCCACAUCCUCUGUGGACCAGGAGCAGAACCCUGCAGAGUCCACAUCCUCUGUGAACCAGGAGCAGAACCCUGCAGAGUCCACAUCUGCUGAGGACCAGAACCCUGCAGAAUCCACAUCCUCCGAGGACCAGAACCCUGCAGAGUCCACAUCCUCCGAGGACCAGAACCCUGCAGAGUCCACAUCCUCCGAGGACCAGAACCCUGCAGAGUCCACAUCCUCCGAGGACCAGAACCCUGCAGAGUCUCAGCAGCAGUCUGUGCUGGACGCGUCCAUGGUGUCAGUGGACGCAGCGUCAUCCGUCCAGCAGCUGGAAUCUCUGGGUCUGGACGUCCUAAAGAAGGAACUCAUGUCUCGGGGGUUAAAGUGCGGGGGAACGUUAUCAGAACGCGCCGCCCGUCUCUUCUCAGUCAGAGGUCUAAGGCCAGACCAAGUGGACCCGGCGCUGCUCGCCAAACCUGGCAAGAGCAGGAGGAAGUGAAGAGGUCAGAGGUCAGACCAUCCCGAGCUGUGUCACAGACUCUUAAGUUUUUGUUUUUAUUUUUUUUUUAAAUAUGACGUCAUCAUUAAGUAGCAGCAAAGCAUGAUGGGAGGAGGCGUGGUCAGAAGCCAGGGUUCCAGGAAGUGACCUGCGGUCUCUCCACGUUCUCAAAGCAGACGAUGACAUCACCGGGUCUGAAGUCCACGUCCUCGCCCUCGUCCGUCGACAGGCCACAUUCCAUUCCCGCUUUCACCGUAGGAACCACGUCUCUGUGGUGACGCAGCGCCAGCACACUACCUGCAGGGGGCGCACUGUUAAAAUCUAGCCAUGUUACUGAGCACACACAGGGUCCAGGACUCAUUCUGGUCCUGGUCUCACUCACCCUCCCAGAUGGCGUCCUGUCCUCGGAUCAGUCUGAACUUGUGUUUCUGGUCCAGCAGACCUUUGUGGACCUGACACCCAGCCACAGGAACCUUCUUCUUCCCCACAGAGACCUCGAACACCGCACAUACGCUGGCCUCACCUGGACCAGCAGGGGGCGACAGGUGAGACGGGAGUUUGGCAGAUAAACACGUUCAGCUGUGACUCUGCGUCUUCACUCACCGAUCACGUUCUGUGAGCGGAGCGGCUCAAGUUUCCCGCUCAGCUCGUCCUUCAGCUCGUCCACCAGUCUGUAAAUGAUGUUGUGGAGACGCAGGGGGACGCCGUGCCUCGCUGCUAGCUGCAGUGCUGCCCUGCUGGCCGUCACGUUAAAAGCAUAGAUGGAGCCUGGAGAGUUCGACAUGAUCAAUAAUCACGUUGUAUUUUUGUUGAAUAAACUUGUUUUCAAACUUUG